AAGUGAUAUUAUAUCGAAUAAAACACUACUCCCUUUCAAAGAAUUCAUUUUACUUAGCCUAAUAAGACAUUUGAUGGACAUAAUCGUCCUCAAUUAUAUUAAAAAAGUCGAGAAUGAAUGUAAUAAUGUGCAACUAGGCAAGAAGUGGGUCUGUGGGCUCCAAAUCGAUGCGGAGUUAAAGCAUCUCAUGCGUAAUGGAUCUAUCUCUGGGCUUUAUAAUAGAAUAAAGUUCUUAGCAGAAUCCUCUUCGGCCGGUAAACAUAGAGAUAUGAAUAACUCUGUCGUAAAACUCACCCUUGUUGAUGAACUUCCAAAGCUAAAGAGGAGCAGACAAGUUGUUUUUUGUAGAAUCUUAUCUUUCGUCUCUAAGCGUGUAACCAAUGAAUGUAGAGAUGGUCCAAUAUUGGAUCUGCUCUGUGGCUGCAUUAUAGAUUCCGGCGUAAAGGAACUCUACUAUGAUGAUUAUUAUCUGGUGUACCGGUUGCUCAAAAUUGGAGGUAACGCAGGGAAGACAUGCCUCGUGUUGAAACUUGGAACAUAUACUUACACAAACGAAGAAUGUGAUUUCGAAAGUCUGAAGACAGAAAUGUCCUUCAUACACUACUGUCAACGUAUCAACAUGACGAAACUUGAAGAUUCAUAUAGGCUGAGUGCAUUGAUGUUCCCAAACAGGGGACUAAGAAAACACUAAUAUAUCACCUACAAAUG